AUGAAAGUGAUGAAUCAGUAACAAAAAUUUGAAUCUUAAUUAAUUACAAAAGAUCUUCAAAUUUAAAUCAAAAAUAAAAAUAGUAAGCUAACUAUCAGUGAUGAAGACUUAUAUUUUUAAAAUAAGAAAGAUAAUUUUGUCAAAAAGUAACACUACUAUUUGUACAAUUAAUACCUUGUAAAGAGAAAGAAGUUUAUUGAUUUUGAGAAUUCCUAGAUAAGUAUGGAUGAAACUAAGAAAGACGAAACAAUUAUUUGUUUAAUUUUAUUAGAAAAGGAAGGAAAUAAGUUUUAUAUAUGUGGUAAAAAGGAUUCAUUAAACAAAUGGUUUGAACAUUUAAAACGCUAUACAAUUUAAAGGAAUUUCAAAGUACAGUUUAGAAAAUGCGAAUUGCUUGGAAGAGGUUCAUAAGCAAAAGUUUAUAAAAUAAUAAAUAUCAAGACAGGAUAGAUAUUUGCCACAAAAUAAUAUGACAAGAAGAAAAUAAAUGAAAACUCUUUGGUAUUAUAAUUAAAUAUUAAUAUAGUCUCAUUUGCUUUAGGAAUUAUCUAUUUUGAGGCAAUUGAAUCAUGAUGGAAUUACAAAAAUCUAUGAAGUUUUUGAAAAUAAAAAGAAGAUAUAUAUAAUAUUAGAAUGUUUAAAUGGUGGUGAAUUAUUAGAAUAAAUAAGAUUACCAACAUACAAAUAUAAUGAAUAAUUUGUUAUGGAUUUUGCAUCAAAUAUUUUAAAAAUUAUUGAUUAUGUUCAUUCAAAAGACAUCAUGCAUAGAGAUUUAAAACCAGAAAAUUUAAUUUUAAAGGAUUCAAAUAACUAUAGUGAUUUUGCAAUAGCGGAUUUUGGAUUGGCAGAAUUUUAUAAAGAUGAUGUUGAAUAUUUAGAAAAAUGUGGUACUAUUGGUUAUAUAGCACCAGAAGUUUUGAGAAAUAAACCUUACAAUAAAAAAAUUGAUAUAUAUUCUAUUGGAGUAAUUGUAUAUACAUUGUUUACUGGUGCUUUACCAUUUGAAGGUAAUUCUACUCUAGAAGUUUACUAAAAUAACUUAUAAGCAAAAAUAAAUUUACAAUAAUUAAAUUAAUUGAAUAUAACAUUGAAGGCAAAAUAAUUUGUUAUAAGUUUAUUGAAUGAAGAUCCAGAUUAAAGACCCAAUGCUAAAGAGGCUUUAAAAAAUGAAUGGUUUUAAUUACCACCAAGUUUAACUAAUAAUUUAAUAAUAUCAACAAUGGAUAAUUUAUCAUUACACAAAAAACAUUAAAAGUUUUUGAGUAUAAAAUGUACAUCACCACUUUGGCAUAAAUCAAAAAUGAAGGACUGUUUUUUAGGAGAAGAUAAUGAUUCUUAAUUUAGAAAUAAAUUUUAAAGUAUUAGAGAUAGUAUUGUUGAUAAUGAAGAUGAGGAUACAGAUAUGAUGGAUGAGUUAGAAGGUAAAAUUAACUUAAUUUAAAUAUCUGCACAAUAAUGUGAAAAAUAUUAUUUUUCAAAUAGUAAAAUAAGAAUAUUAAAUGAGAAAAGGGAUUAAGGUUUAUUGUGA